UCAUAUAUUGGUAUCGUCCCAAGAUGGCAGCCUACACUUUGAAGCGUUGUUUAGGAGCUGUCAAAGUUAUCCGUAAAUGUGGAAAUCACCGUUUUAUAGCUAGAAGAUGUCUACUUUCCACACCAUACACAGACACCAAAUUAUGGGACGCAAGAGAGAAAGAUCAUCAAAAUCUGGCGUUGUUGGCCUCCUUGAUGGAUAGGACGUAUGACCGAAAAUUCCCUGUCAGCUCCCUGUCAAUAUCACGUUUUGUUGACAACAUAUCGUCAAGAGAAGAGGUUGAUCAAGCAGAGUACUAUCUGUAUAAAUUUCGCCACAGCCCGAACUGUUGGUACCUCAGAGACUGGACUGUCCACAGCUGGGUCAGACAGUGUCUCAGAUACGGGGCCAGAGACAAGGCCCUGCACACACUCAAGAACAAGGUGCAAUAUGGAAUGUUCCCAGAUGAUUUCACGUUCAACAUUCUGAUAGAUUCCUUCAUAAAAGAUGAAGACUUCAAAGGUGCCUGUUCUGUCGUGGAAGAGGUGAUGCUUCAGGAGUCUUUUGAUCUGCCCACAACACAGAUCCUGUCCCUGUAUGCACUUAGCAAUUACCUUGCAACCAAACCAGAGCUCAGCAUGUCAGAGGAGAGGGCUCUGGGAGCAUCGCUGCUGAUAUCUGGUCUGAAGCAGGACGGCUCUAUAGGCCUCAGCGCUCAACUGCUGGGCUGUGCUUUACUAGGUAAGGUGGAGAUGGGGGCAGGGAUCCAUGCUGUGUUCAGGGGCAUGCCUCUGAUGUGGACCCCAGGGUAUCUGGGCCGGGCUCUGGCCGUCAUGGAGAGAGUAGCUGCCACUCCUGGAGAUGGCAAACUAUCAAAGGAUGCUGUGGAUUACCUGGAGGGUCUGUUGCAGGACCUGUCCUCUGCCUCAGACUCCUCAUCUGAAGAGGAUGAUGAGUCCGGAGGAGAGGAGGGGAAGAAAGAGGAGGAGGUGGAUGAGGACGACCAGGCAGAGAGAGAUAAGCUACCCCUCUAUGCCAGCAGGUUUAAGGUUCUGAGUGGGCAGCUCCAGUCCAGAGGAAAGGUGGACCCUAGUCCCCUGCAGGUGCUGGUCUCCAGCCUGGUCCAGCAGAGCCUAGCCUCAGCAGAGGGCCCUGACAUGGAGCAGUACCAGAGAAAGGUGGGGGAGUGGGAGGCAGAGAGGCAGCAGCUCAUCAGAAGGGAGAAAGAGAUGAGGGAGAGGGCAGAGGAGGAGAGACGGGCCCAUCAGGCAGCCAAGGCAGCUGCAAAGCAGGGCUGAACAAACAGCCCACGCUACACAAGAAGUGUGGGUCAUAUUUGAAAUAAUAUCAUCUGUACGUAAAAAAGCAAAAAAUCUAGUAUUUGUCUUUUGGACAAAUGCCAUUCGCAGAUUAGCAAUAUACUGUAAACAAGAUCAAAACUCCCCAUAAUGGAAGUUUGUCUAUUAAAUUACUGUGAUCUUCAAAUAAUGAUUCUUUACUUGAUUAUUUAUACACAAAUAUAAACAAAGCAAAGACUUAGUUUAUAGUUAUAACUUUUAAGUGGUUUUACACGUAAUACUCAUAACCUCUGUUUUGUCCUUAGCUUUGUUUUCUUGAGAUUUUUUAAAAACUUUUCUUGAAAGUAUGUUGUAUUUCCUGUUGUGGACAUCAACAUGAUGUUAUUGGUCUAGCUCCAGUCUAGUAAUUGUUAAGCCUGAUGGUCACUAUGACCUCAUGUAAGCCGAAAAUAAGAAAAGCGGGGGAAAUCCUCCCACUCCUUUUCCUCUCGUCUCUCAGAAUGAGGUGUUUGUGAGCGUACAUGCAGGCCGUGUGUGCGCGUGCAUGUGUUUUCUCCCAGGGGAAUGAAUCCCAUGCUAUACAAUCCUAGGGGAGCUGAUGAAUAAUCUAGGGAAAACAAAAUGUGUCCUUUACGCAGGCAUGAAUACAGUUGCAUUUCUUAGCCUUAUCUGUAGGCCACAACCCACAAAGAAAAGCACACUAUCUUAGAUCCAGAUCGUAGGUGUAUUGCUUGGCCCUGUUUUAGAGGUUGAGAGGUCUUUCUGUGACGUCUGGAAAAUUGCAUUGUGUAUCAAAACAGUGGCAUAACGGUAAAGUAUGAAUUAUGUAUUGAGACUUUAGUAAACUGCAACAUAGGCUACUCAAAUACCACAGGCGAAAACA